AUGCCAGUCCUGAAAGAUCCAUCCAAGAAAUACAAGCCUUUCAAGCCGUUGUCUCUCCCAAACAGACAAUGGCCCGACAAAGUCAUUGAUCGCGCCCCUCGUUGGCUCUCUCUCCCCGACCCAAUGAAUGGUGAUGAGAAAUGGCGCUACUUCAAGAUGCUUUGCGAGCUCGGUUACAAGGAGAUUGAAGUCUCGUUUCCUUCGGCGUCUCAGAUUGACUAUGAUUUUACCCGUCGUUUGAUUGAGACCGAGGGAGUUGUCCCAGAUGACGUUUUCCUGCAAGUUCUGUCACCAUGCCGCCCCGAUUUCAUCCGAAGGACUGUAGAAUCAGUCCGCGGAGCCAAGAACGCCAUUAUCCACAUCUAUCUUGCCACAAGCGCCUGCUUCCGGCAAGUCGUCUUCGGCUACUCAGAGGAGCAGACCCUGGAGCUUGCAACAGAAUGCACCAAGCUUGUCAGGUCUCUCACCAAGGACAACCCAGAAGCCUCCGGAACGAAUUGGCAGUUUCAAUUCUCACCCGAGUGUUUCUCUGACACAGACCCCGAUUACGCUUUGAGAGUCUGCCGCGCGGUGAAGGCUGCGUGGGGCCCCGACAAAGCAAACGACGACCGCAUCAUCUUCAACCUGCCCGCAACGGUAGAGCUCUCAACGCCCAAUGUGUACGCAGACUUGGUAGAAUACUUCUGUAACAAUAUCGGGGACAGAGAGGAUGUGUGUGUGUCUCUGCAUCCACACAACGACCGCGGCUGCAGUAUUGCCGCGGCAGAGCUCGGCCAGAUGGCUGGAGCUGACCGAGUGGAGGGCUGUCUGUUUGGCAACGGAGAGAGAACGGGCAACGUCGAUCUUGUCACCCUGGCGCUGAAUCUUUACACGCAAGGCACAAGUCCACAGAUCGACUUCUCUGACCUGAACUCGGUAAUUGAGACGGUGGAAUCCUGCACCAAGAUCCCCGUCCACCAGCGUGCUCCCUACGGGGGAAGUCUCGUGUAUGCGGCCUUUUCUGGCAGCCACCAAGACGCGAUCAAGAAGGGGUUUCAGAACCGUCAGCAACAAGGCCUGUCCAACGACGAGCCAUGGAAUGGAAUGCCUUACCUGCCUCUCGACCCCCAAGAUAUUGGACGCAAUUAUGAAGCCAUCAUUCGCGUGAACUCGCAGUCUGGAAAGGGAGGCACCGCCUUCAUCUUGCAAGCCAAGCUCCAGCUCGACCUUCCCCGCGGUCUCCAGAUUGCAUUCUCCAAGGUCGUCCAACGCCAUACCGAGGAGCUGGGUCGAGAGCUGCUAGCCACCGAGAUUACGAGCCUCUUUGAAAAGACCUAUUUCGUCAACGAGAACCCCCACUUUAGUCUCGUCGACUACAGCAUCACACCCGACCGCUCACAUUCUCCUCUCGCGGUGGCUGGCAAGACACAGGACACCAAGAGUCUGGUCCGCAUCUUUGAGGGCGUCAUCCUCGUCGAUGGCGAGGAGGUGAAACUCCGCGGUCGCGGCAACGGGCCAAUCUCGAGCAUGGUGGCCGCGCUGAAGGCCAUUAAUAUUGACUUUGACGUUCAUGACUACAAGGAGCACGCCAUCGGCGAGGGCCGGGGUGUGAAGGCGGCCGCCUAUGUGGAGUGCAAGACUGCGGGUAGCAAGCAGACGGUGUGGGGCGUGGGCAUCCACGAGGACGUGGUGCAGAGCUCGCUCAUUGCGCUUCUCAGCGCGGCCAGCAACUUCGUUAGGAGCCGGCCAACGAGCCCUGUUCUGAAGCCGUCAGAGGCAAUUCCCACUCGAGAGACGCCGAGCAUUGUCUCGACUCUGGAGGAGAAGGCCAAUGAAAUGUAA